AUGGUCAAAAUUGACGAAUUCGUAGUGGAGAGGUGGAUGGACCACCAUGAAAACGACGUCAAACAUAAUAUUGCGGAGACAUGCUGUGCAUCAAUCUCACUCAAUGAUCUCCUGUCUUUCUCUGACAAACAGGAAGAUAUCCUGGAUUACACCCACAAGCAAGGCUACGGUGCCAUUCGUGGAUCCGUCACUCUUCGGACGAACAUUGCCAAGCUGUAUGGCACUGAGACAGCACAGCCGGUAUCUGCGGAUCGUGUCUUGGUGACCAACGGCGCUAUUCAGGCGAAUUUCCUGGCCCUAUAUACGAAUAUAGGGCCUGGAGAUCAUGCCAUCUGUCAUUAUCCAACCUAUCAACAGCUUUAUUCUAUUCCUGAGUCGCUAGGGGCGGAGGUUAGUCUAUGGAAGGCAGAAGAGAAAAAUUCGUGGGAAGUGAACCUUGACGACUUAAGAUCCAUGAUCAAGGCGAAUACCAAACUCAUCAUUAUCAACAAUCCACAAAACCCAACGGGAGCUGUCUUGCAACGGGGAACGUUGCAGGAAAUAGUGAAUAUUGCUCGAGAGAACGAUAUCAUCAUUCAUAGCGAUGAGGUCUACCGACCCUUAUUCCAUUCGGUUUACCCAGAUAACCAGGGACACCCUCCGUCUAUUUUGUCAUUCGGCUAUGAAAAAUCUAUUGCCACAGGCUCAAUGUCCAAGGCAUAUAGUUUGGCAGGUAUCCGGCUAGGUUGGAUUGCUUCGAACAGCUCCCAAAUCAUCGAAGCGAGCGCAUCUACGCGCGACUACACCGUUAUAUCUGUCAGCCAGAUUGACGAUUCUGUCGCCAGCUUUGCCCUGUCUAGUCCAGUUGUAGACAGGCUGCUUCAGCGGAACCUCUCACUGGCAAAGCAAAAUCUGGCUGCAAUGGAGGCCUUCAUCAAGGAAUUUGAAUGGGCAGUAAAAUGGGUGCCACCACAAGCAGGCACGACUGCUUUCGUGAAAUUCACCGACCGACAUGGACGUCCGGUUGACGACGUGGCAUUCUGCGAGCAACUGCAGGAAAAGACCGGAGUACUGAUGGUUCCCGGUAGUCGUUGUUUUGGAGGAGGAGUUGACUUCAAAGGAUUCGUCCGGAUCGGUUAUGUUCCGGAAAACGAAGUUCUAGUGAAUGGCCUCCGAGCACUCAGGGAAUUUAUGCAUGAUGGAUAUGAGCAGGUGCCUGUUGCAGCCAAAUAA